UCUCCUCGCUCUCCUCGCUCUGCUCGCUCUCCUCGCUCUCCUCGCUCUCCUCGCUCGCUCUCCUCGCUCUCCUCGCUCUCCUCACUCUCCUCUGAGCUGAGAGAAAACACUGCUCUUCAUCCUCGUCACCAUCAUGAAGCUGAUUGGUCUGCUGCUGCUGGGUCUCGUCUCAUUGGUGGAGGGGGAGGUCGUCGCCUCCUUCGCUGUAACUUGUCCUGGCUUCUUCAUAAAGGACCAGAAUAUCAGACCCAUCCCUCCCACUGUAGUGGGGUCAGCUUCAAGGUACCAGCAGAUCUGUCAGAGGUACGGGAACCAGUACAGGUACGCCACUCUCUACGACACUCAGAACAGGAUCCCUGUGUACUCUGCCUACAUCUAUUCUGGGUACGCCCCAACGGGCCCACACACAUGGCUGAUCGAGCCUCAGCUCGAUGGCGUGAACCUGCCAGAGAUGACCACUGAUGGAAACAUAUUAAUGCUUCCACAUCAGGCUGUUAACCAGGACUAUGCAAAGUCAGGUUACAACAGGGGUCACCUGUACCCCAAAUGCCACAACUGUAAGCAGGACCAGACCGAGUCCACCUACACCCUCACCAACGCUGCUCCACAGACAGGAGAAGACAACAGACGGUGGUUCAACCAGGUGGAGAGGAUAGUAGAUCAGAGUAUUAAAACAGUGUGUAGCGCAAACACAGCCCAUGUGGUUACUGGGGUCAUUCCAGGGAACAUCAGUAUGAAUCGUAGAGUGAAUGUUCCCAGUUAUUACUGGACAGCUUUCUGUUGUAGAAACAGGAACAGCCAGAAUCAAUUUAUCUCAGAGGGCUACAGGCUGCAGAUGACUGGAGGUGGGACUGCAACGGCUACAACUUAUUCAUUAACUGGACUGAAUGCUGCUCUUACAGGAAUGUACGGCCUUCAAUUCCAGGUGUUUGGUACGAUUCCAGGCUGUUCUUAAAGCAACACCCACAUACAGGCGUCUCGCAGUAGAAGUGGAGGUGGGAUGUGAAACCUUUCUAAUAAGAGUGACUGAAUACAGGAAGAUGGUAAAAGGCCACCUGCACAAAGAGCUGCUUUAGAAAGUCCCUAAUUCAUUUUACUAAGAGCGACCUUUGAUAGAGAAAUGUGAGAGUUCUGUAAGCAUUAGAUGUUUGAUUUAAAGUGUUUGUUUAGCCAGAAAACAUGUUCUUGACCUUCUGGUGAAAUUUAAGACUAGAUCACUCAAAACAUAUAAAACCAAUGUAGCCACACAGUUUUCCAGUCCGAGCCAGAGAGGCUGCGGUCAGCGAGCGUGGAGGAGGAGGUCAGACUGAGGAUUGUAAAGGUUUGUGAACUGCAUCACUUCCUCUGAGCCUGCAGAGACCUAACUCAGGUUGCUGUUCUUCUAACAGUGUAAAAGUCUUUCUCUCAUUGAGCGUUGAUGGCAUCCAGAACUGCUGUCUGUCUUACAAAGCGUUUAUGAUGCUGUGUGUUCAGCAGCUGGAGUUCAUUGGUUUCACCUCCUCCUUUCACAAUAAUAUAGAUUUAAACCUGUUUCAUGUCCUGUAAUAAAUGUUUCAUUGAUCACCAA